UUCAAUGAAAAUUUGAGCUGACCUGCCAUUUCGGUCAAUUCGGAAAAAUUGUCAUCCUAACUUAAAAGUCAUGAGUGGAGAAUUUCUGUGCAUUUACUUUAUUUUCUGGCUCAGUGUGAAUUUCGUCGGCUUCAUUCUUGUACUAAACUAUUUUUCUACUCUUACCAACAUAGACUAAGCCAUUGGAAAUUAUAUUACUUGAAAUUGUCGAAAGUUGAUUUCAAUAUGAGUGACUUAAACCGUCACUGUCUUAGCAAGGAACCGGACACCAUAGGGGACUCUAACAAGGUGAAUUCCUCAGAAAAGAAGAAAGAUUAUUUUUUUGAUGACCUAGCAAAAAACGCGGUAUCGCAAAUUGACGAGGUGAAUGUUCCUUCUCCAGAUGGGGAUUCGAAGAUACCAGGAUUGCCGGCGAAGAAGGAAGAAUCAGAUGCUCUUGAAGAUAACGCUUCGCGUUUUAAAAAGAUCGGAGAAAUUGUCAAAUUGAUUAAUCUUCAAUUGAAGGUUAUUAACGUGACGUACGCCCCUAAGACCCUCGAAGAAUAUUUCAUUGCCCAGCGUCAGAAAAAGCUCUGGAGGAUGCGUCGCAGGGAGAGACGUGCUGCCCAGAAGGAUAAGAACUCCCACUAGACUAGUCCCUGCUCCUUUUCGAUUUUUGAGUUCAUUUCUCAUAUCAGGGAUUUUAUAAUAUGUAUUUGUAUUUCGUAGUGCAAAUAUAAUUUUGAUCAGACGCUAUAUCUGCUUCUCUCCCCCUUUCAA